CGCGGGGUGCGUGAAAAGUUGCCCUUGAUUUAGGCUUGUCUUUUGAAGAACUUAGAACUAUGACAAAUAAACAGCUUCUCAGGAUGCGUCUCUGGCGGAGGACUGCCCUCUCCAAUGGGUAGCUCCUGCUGAUGCUGUCCAGGCAUCGCCCAAGGGGAGAGGUUGUGGCGCGGUCGCAAGGCGCGGGAGGAGUCUGGCUGUGAUUGAUGGGGAAGGGACGAAUGAAUAAAAGUACUUGUCUAGGGACAGCAAAGACCCCGAGCACGCUGUGGAGGCUACACUGUCUGGCAUUCCCUCGGCGUUUCGUCAGAGCCAGACCCGCCUGCAGCUGAAGGGAGGCGUGCUCUGCUCCAGGAGAAAACUGGAACCGAGCUGGGAGCCGAGCGCGUCCAGGGAAGAAAGUCCCCGCUCGUCGCUCUGCGCCUGGUGCGUCGGAUCCGCGAGAGUCUGAAAGCUGCGGAGCGGCCACCUGACGCCCACUGGAGCAGGCAGCAGCAUGCAGCCUCUGCCAACCCUGUGUGGACGCGUUCUGGUGGCGCUGAUCCUUGCCUGCGGCGUGGCAGGGGUCCAGGGAGAAGAGAGGAGAUUCCCGCCGGCCAGGGCCACUCCGCCACUUCUGGGGUCUGAAGAGAUAAUGACGCCCCCCACUAAGACCUCCUGGCCGACGGGGUCCAACGCCAGCGUGCCGCGGUCAUCAGCACCUCCGCAAAUGCCUAAAGCAGGGAGGACGGCAGGAGCCCAGCCACGCACCCUCCCUCCUCCCCCGUGCGAAAGAACCAUCGAGAUCAAGGAGACUUUCAAGUACAUCAACACAGUAGUGUCCUGCCUAGUGUUCGUGCUGGGCAUCAUCGGAAACUCCACACUGCUGAGAAUCAUUUACAAGAACAAGUGCAUGCGGAACGGCCCUAAUAUCUUGAUCGCCAGCCUGGCUCUGGGAGACUUGCUGCACAUCAUCAUUGACAUCCCCAUCAAUGUCUACAAGCUGCUGGCGGAGGACUGGCCCUUUGGAGUCGAGAUGUGUAAGCUGGUGCCUUUCAUACAGAAGGCCUCCGUGGGCAUCACUGUGCUGAGUCUGUGUGCUCUAAGUAUUGACAGAUAUCGAGCUGUUGCUUCUUGGAGUCGAAUUAAAGGAAUCGGGGUUCCAAAAUGGACAGCAGUAGAAAUUGUUUUAAUUUGGGUGGUCUCUGUGGUUCUGGCUGUCCCUGAAGCCGUGGGUUUUGAUAUGAUUACCGCUGACUACAAAGGAAGUUAUCUGCGAAUCUGCCUGCUUCAUCCCACUCAGAAAACAGCCUUCAUGCAGUUUUACAAGAAUGCUAAGGAUUGGUGGCUAUUUAGUUUCUAUUUCUGCUUGCCAUUGGCCAUCACUGCAUUUUUUUAUACCUUGAUGACCUGUGAAAUGUUGAGAAAGAAGAGUGGCAUGCAAAUUGCUUUAAAUGAUCACUUAAAGCAGAGAAGGGAAGUGGCGAAAACAGUAUUCUGCCUGGUCCUUGUCUUUGCCCUGUGCUGGCUUCCUCUUCACCUCAGCAGGAUUUUGAAACACACUCUUUAUGAUCAGAAUGAUCCCCAUAGAUGUGAACUUUUGAGCUUUUUGUUGGUAUUGGACUACAUUGGCAUCAACAUGGCCUCCCUGAAUUCCUGCAUUAAUCCAAUAGCUCUGUAUUUGGUGAGCAAAAGAUUCAAAAACUGCUUUAAGUCGUGCUUAUGCUGCUGGUGCCAAUCAUUUGAAGAAAAACAGUCCUUGGAAGACAAGCAGUCAUGCUUAAAGUUCAAAGCUAAUGAUCACGGAUAUGACAACUUCCGUUCCAGUAAUAAAUACAGCUCAUCUUGAAUGAAGGAAUAUUCACUUAAUCUCAUCUUCUUUAUUUUGGACAGAAGUCAUUAAGACAGUGAGGCAUUUGCCAAAACAAAACAACUGUGUGUUUGCACAAAAUAAUGUAAAAAUGUAAGAGUGAUUAUUUUCUUAACACUCACAGUUACAUAUGACAUUUUAUGAGCUGUUUACAGCACGAGAAGAAAAGCAUCAAGAAUUAAAAGCCUCAUUGUGAAAGCACUUGAUUUUUUUACAGUCAGCACUUCAAUAUAGCUCUUAAUAACUUCCAGUAUGUUCAGACACCACUUACAACUAAAUUGAGCCCACUCAGAAUUCCUAUUAAAGAGAUUUAUUUUUUAAAUUAAUGUAAAUCCAAUACAAAAAAAGAAAUGUGUCACUGUAAAACAGAAUUUUUAAAUGAAGCUUAAAUUGCUCAACUUAAAAUUUUAAAAAUUCUUUAAAAGAACUUUUUUAUUCGUAGUAUCACAUCAUUGGUUGAACUAUAAUUGGACACAAAAUGUGAAAGCAGUUUAGCUGGUGUAUUUUUUUGACAUUAGAAACCUAUUUAAAUGAUCAGGAGGAAUUACCAGAAAGAGAGAUUAAGGUUUUUGAAAAUCAUGAAACUUUUUACAUUCGGAGAAGAGCAAAUGUCACAAAGAGAAAGAGAGAGAAGGGUUGGAACACUCCCAGAAGACUGCUUUGAAAUCUCCCAUUCAUGUAUUCUGCAAAGAAAAUACUAUGUAGGAUUUUUUCAGGAUUAUUAAAACAUCUUCUUUCACUAUUGUAAUUUAAACACUAUUUGUUUAGUUUUGUCAUCUGUAAUUACUUAGCUACAAUACACAACGUGUAGAUGAUUAAAUGAAGGGCAGGCCCCAGUGUUCAUACCUUUACAAUGGAGAGAUGCCAGUAACCCCGUAAUGGACAGAAUGUGAGUCGCUGGAGCAGGGUCCACUUGACAAAGGAGAAGCCAGCAUCGUCUGUCACCCAUGCUGUAAUAAAAAUGGUCUCCAGCAUAUGUAUAAUAUGAUAGUUAAAAUACUGACUAUUUUUUAAGAUCACACAAAUUAGUCAAUUUAACAGCUACCUAUAAAGCUUAUUACUAAUUUUUAUAUUAUUUUUUGUAAAUAACUAAUAGAAAAGAAUUCUUGACAUGGUGUUUUUCUGUCACUUACAGGCAAAACUGCUUUUUGAGACUGUAAAAACCCCGUACUUUGUGCAUUCUUGCCUAAUUCUUUCAUCUCCCCAGGAAGGUGCCUUAGGUUAACUUGGGAUGAGAUGCGAGUGAAAAUACAUACAAGAGAAAACGGAAGGGAGAGGAAAUGAGGUGAGGGGGGAGGAAACCCAUGGGGACAGAUUCCCAUUCUUAGCCUGACGUUCGUUCGUCAUUGCCCCGUCACAUCAGUGCAAAAGGUCCUGAUUCUGUUCCAGCAAAACACACUGCAAUGUUCUCAGAGUGACUUCAGGAACAAAUUGGGCCCAAGAGCUUUAACUCUGUCUUAAAAUACAACAGAGUUUCUACAUUUUUAUUUUAGUAACCCAGGGCCACAUGUUGGAAAUAAGCUAGCAAUGCUGUUUUCUGCCAGCAUCUAAUGUGAUGAUAUAGUAAAUCAAACCCCAACAAUGUGGCCAAAAAGAAAGGACAAUAACUAAUUCACAUGCCACAUGGAUUCUAUUUACAAAUCACUCACAGUCUUGUUUAUUAAUUUCUUCCUGAUCACUUUUUCAGAUGCCUGUCAUCACAAAAGACCUUUCAGACUUUGGUUUUUAAAUUAACGUUGAGUCACAAAUAUUUUUGCAGUUUGUUAAAAUAUGUUUUAUACCUAUUCAAAUUUCAGAUCGUUUUUAUUACCAUGUACUGAAUUUUGUUUCUUCCUCCUCGUUUACAUCCUAAUACCCUUUCCUUCUGCAUGUCAGCAUUGUGGUCUGUAAUCAUCUUGCCAAAUUUUGAACUGCACGCAGAGUACAUCCAUGCAUUAUUUAUAAUAAAAUUGUGUUCAGUAACAUUUCUAAAAAUGUUUGAUUCAAAAUGUGAACAUACUGAUAAAGGUUGGUAAGAAACAAACAUGAUUUUUUGGCAUGAUUAAAACCAAUAUAUAGGAAAAGGUGCUACUAUUUAACUUUAAAACAUCUUUCCUGGUAUUAAGGACUGCAUAAUAUAGCAAAGGACAAAAAUAGCGUUGGUAUGGAUGUUAAAACUUAAAAGAUUUACAAGUGAUUUUAGCCUACUUUCUCCUUUAUACAUUGCUAAUCUGGGUGCGUGUUCAGACAUCUUUUAGUAUUGACAGCUUAUGUAUGGCCAAAAGAAUACAGUUUAUAGCAAAACCUGGGUAUGCUGAAGCUAACUUUAUAAACUUGUAACAUAACCACAUAAAAUAAUUAUAUAUUUUGUUUUUCUGUGGUCACUUAAAGUGGCAACUACUAUAGUGGCUGAUUUCUUGUUAGGUAAACAAAACCAAUAAAAAUUUGAAUUGCUUAAAAAGAAGACCAGCUUAUUUUUUACGGUGCAGGCAAUAAUUCAUUAAAUACUAAAUGAUUAAGUGUUUCAAGGAAAUACAAAUAUUACAAGUGGACAUUAUUUAUGUGAAACAGACAGUUAUCGAGGAAAUAUGAAAGUUCUUAAAUUAAAAUGCCAAGUUUCUGGUUUCCAGGCUGCUUUGUUGUAUUUUAUUGUUGUAAGUAACCAGCUAUACAUACAGACAUCCGCUUUUCUGAGGUUGAUUAUCUGGUUGAUGGUUUCCAAUGGUCCCUUAUGUCUUUCUAUCUCUGGUUGCCUACCUUUGGAGCAUUUCACUUUUUAAUCAUUAUUGUACCAUAGGUCAAAGGGGAAAGGUUGAAAUGUGAUUUGGGGAUCACUCAUUUCAUUUCACAAGCUUCUUCUGAGUGUUUACUAUGUGCAAGAUGGGAUGAAAUUGAUAAAAAUGCAAGAUUCCUAGUAGAUAGGAGACAGAAAUGAUAAAAUUUAAUACAAGGAAAAUAAAACGAGCACUAAAUAAAUGCA